CCAGAACCGCCCCUAGUACCACAACCACCCCGGCUGCCCCCGGCCACAUAACUGCCCUCGGCCCCACAAUUGCCCCUCAAAUCCUGUCACUGCCCCCCAGCCCCGUAACUGCCCCUCAGCCCCAGCCCCGCCCCCGUGACCGCCGCUGACGCAAGGACGUGCUAGACCCCGCCCCCGCCGCCAUUCCGCUGCCCCGAUAGGCGGGACGUAUACGUCACACAGAGGGAGGGUGUAUGCAAAGUAUGGAGGAAUGGGCGUGGCUUUGUGACGUGAACUGGGGGCGGGGCAUGCAGCGGGAGCGGUGGCGCGCGCCAUGGGGCCGGAGGAGCCCGACCUGUACCGGGACACGUGGGUCCGAUACCUGGGUUAUGCCAACGAGGUGGGCGAGUCCUUCCGCCCACUGGUGCCAGUGCCAGUGGUGUGGGCCAGCUACGGCGUGGCCACCGCCUACGUGACCGCCGACGCCAUCGACAAGGGUCGGAAAGCCGCUGCCGCCCACGCACAGGACCCCACACAUGUCGGGGUGGCCGUGGUGGACACCUUCGUGUGGCAGAGCCUGGCCUCGGUGGCCAUCCCCGGCUUCACCAUCAACCGGCUCUGCGCCGCCUCGCUGGCCGUGCUGGGGGCCCUGACCCGCUGGCCCCUGCCCGUGCGCCGCUGGACCACCACUGCCCUGGGGCUGGCUGCCAUCCCCCUCAUCAUCACCCCCAUCGACAGGACUGUGGAUUUCCUGAUGGAUUCCAGCCUCCGCAAGCUUUACAGGACACCAGGAGAGCCCCCGACGUCUCACUGAGCACCACCCCGCACACUCUGGGGAAACUGAGGCAUGCUGCUGUGACCCACCUACUGUGACCCCUCACUCUGGUGACCCCCAGAGUGGCCACCUGGCCCCACAUUGGUCCUAAUAAACCAUUUCAAACAUGA